CAGAUAACAGAAAGUGUUUCAUAACAUCAGGUCUGCAAACACAUCAAGUAGCCUACUCUUCUCUCCACUCCGGCAGUCAUGGCUCUUCUGUCCGUCCUCACGCCUGUUCUGGUGGCGGUGCUGUGCAUGGUGAUUGGCUUUAUGUUUGUGAAAUCACGGCAAACGGAGACCACCUCCCAGGACGAAACUAAAGGGGCCUCGAAGGCGGGCUUCAGACCUUGGGUGGACCAGGAUUUACAGGACGACACUGAAAUCACAAGAGAAGACGAUGGUGAAUGGGUGGACAGCGCUGAGGAGGAGGAUCUUCCACAUGUGCCCUACUCACCACCACGUUACCCUGAGGAGAAGAUGCUGCAGAGAUCUCAGGAGUUCUACACUCUGAUGAACCAGCGGAGGUCUGUCCGACUCAUCAGCCCAGAGCCGGUCCCACGAGAAGUCAUCGAUAAUGUCAUACGCACUGCAGGUACGGCCCCUAGUGGAGCACACACAGAGCCCUGGACGUUUGUCGUAGUGUCAGACCCAGAGACAAAACACCAGGUCAGACUGAUAGUGGAGGAAGAGGAAGAGGUCAACUACCGUCAGAGGAUGGGAGACAAGUGGGUCCAUGAUUUGGCCAAAUUAAGGACGAACUGGAUUAAGGAGUACCUGGAUGAAGCUCCAUACUUGGUCCUCAUCUUCAAACAGACCUAUGGGAUUCUACCAGACAGCAAGAAAAAGACACACUACUACAAUGAAAUCAGUGUCUCCAUAUCCUGUGGGAUACUGUUGGCUGCAUUACAGAAUGUGGGCCUUGUCACUGUUACUUCGACGCCCCUUAACUGCGGUCCCCAGCUCAGGCUGCUCCUCAAACGACCAGCCAAUGAGAAGCUGCUGAUGCUGCUUCCUGUUGGUUACCCUGCUUCUGAUGCCACUGUGCCUGACUUGAAACGCAAGCCUCUUGAUGAUAUUAUAGUGCACAUGUGAGAGAAUCGAUCUGCAGAGAAAACAAACUGCAAAAAUCCAAAAUGAUCUCCUUUGCCUAGCUGGGAACGCAAUGCAACAAACUAAUAUGUCUUAGAAAUGCUUGAAAAUUGAAAAAUGUAAAACUACUGCUUAACAUACGUAUGGAAUAAACAGAGAGACAAGAGGUGCCAUUGCAACCAUGAUCAAGGCUGCAACGUAACAGACAAACAACCAAAAGUGGAGCUAUCAUUAUAAACCUCUGACUAACAAGCAUAAUCUCAUGCUUUUCAUUUAGAAGGCACAACAGCUCUACUGUUAAAUACCUGCUGACAGUUAAGGAAUAGGAAAAUAAAAAUAAUCCUAAAGAGUUUCUUUAUGUGGUACUAUCUCUCAUUCCUUGCCAACAACAAACAAAAUGAAUUAACAUAAUUGUGAAAAAGAUGCAUUUUUGCAGUGACCCUUCAUAAACUUAAUUCACCAUAAAGAUUACAGACAGAUAGUCGUAUAAACCUUUUACAUGGGGUGUGAGCUAACUGAGCAGGCAUUUGAUGGUGAACAUCACUGAUUUACAGUAAAUAAAAGAAACUCCUUAACCAAACAAACUGAGAUCCAGAUGUUUUCUAGCACUGCUGCUGAGAAUGAAAUAGUUAGUUUUGAAUUGUUUGUAUUAGUGAUGCUUGUGCAAUCUGUUCUUGAGAAAUGACUGCUUGCUGAAUUGUUGCAAAAUGUAAUGUUCUUGCCCUAGUCAGACCCAUGUUAGAUUAUUGAGGCUGAUAUCAAUAUGAAUAUAUCAGAGUUUUAAAAAAAUCUAAUAAUAGCAUAUCAACUCUUUUUUUUAAAGAAUUGUAACCAAGACGUACAGAUUGGGAUAUUUUAAAGUUGAAAAAUAAACUUGUCUGCGCUCUCUGCUGGGCUAUGUAAUGGUGUGUAUGCUGUUUCUAAAUUUCUUCUGACAUGUAAUUUCUGUACUUCAUGUUAUAGUGAUUUACAGGCAUACUUACACACAGAUGUCUGUCUGAUUGGUCUUUCAGUGGGGUUUUACCUGCAGAAAGUUGAUAAUUAAUGAUAAAUUAAGUAUUUUUUAAUAAAUAACUCACAUGGGAAUAGCUAUUUCCAGGAAUCAGUGUACCAGGAAUCAGUGAUUACCCAGAUAUAUGUCUUGCAAGGAGUACCUUGUUGUUGUUAUAUUAAGAAUGCAUUGCUCUAGCACUUUUCUUUUAAAUAAACAUGCUGGAAUUUGUGUGGGC